AUGGCCCUCUCAGCCGAAAGUAUCAUUGCUAUCUCAGUCGGCGUUGUGGGAACUGCUAUUAUCGUCCCAUCGUUCAUCUUAUCCUUGCAAAAAUUUCAGCAAAAGCGGCACAGGAGUCGUGCCAGUCCAAGAGAAGUUUCUACAGAUCAACACGCAACUAUACUUGGGGAUCUCCCGGCAAGCUCAGGAAACACAGAAUUACACUUGGAAGCAGGUGUCAAGUACCAUUAUUUGUCUAGGAGUCCUCGUUCAGACACAAUGCGAGGUGAUGUGCCUCUACCACAGGUUCCCGCUACUGUGGUUGUGCGAUAA